AAGACCAUUAUAUUAUUAUUUCAUAAAUAAAUCGAAAACACAAAGAAGCUUUGUAAUUGUAUGUGCUGUUUUUAUAUAUAUAUAUAUAUAUAUAUAUUAUAGAAUUGUUGAUUUACGUGCAUAUCAAGAAAAGGCACUAAAACAGAGCACUACAUAAACGAUGGUUACCUCAUUCAUUUGAACUUCAAAUUGAACAAAUCCUCCAUUGAAGAUGACAGAAGUGAAGCUACAUGGAGCUUGGCCAAGCCCUUUCAGUUACAGAGUCAUUUGGGCUUUGGAACUCAAAGGCAUUCCCUACGAAUACAUUGAAGAAGAUCUCUCUAACAAAUCUCCUCUGCUUUUGCAAUACAAUCCUGUUCAUAAGAAGAUUCCAGUCCUCGUCCAUGCCGGAAAACCCAUCUGCGAAUCCAUGAUUAUCCUUCAGUAUAUCGAUGAGACCUGGCCAGAGAAUCCCCUUUUGCCCUCCGAUCCUAUUCAGAGAGCUGCAGCUCGGUUCUGGAUCAAAUUCAUAGAAGACAAGAGCAUGGAGAUUUGGGGAUUAUUUAUCGCGGAAGGGGAAGAAGAUAAGGAAAAGGCGAGAAAAGCAACCUUGGAAGUGUUGAAGACAGUGGAAGAACAGGCACUGGGCGAUAAGAAAUUCUUCGGCGGCGAUGAAAUUAACAUGGUGGAUUUGGCGUACGGGUUCCUUGCGCGGUGGCUGCCGGUGAUGGAAGAGCUGGUGGACGUGAAAGUCCUUGAACCAAAUACAAUCCCCCGGCUCUACGUUUGGGCAGAGAACUUCCGGCAAGCCGCUGUGAUCAGAAACAAUCUGCCGGAUCACGACGAGAUGGUGCCGCGGCUCAGGUCCCGGAGGGAGCAGGUGUUGAAAAUGGCGAAGAAAUCAUAAGUGCGAUUCCAGAUUUUGAUUUGGGAAAUUAGUGGUUUUGGAUGUUUGAGUUUUAUCUUUGCUGGGUGUGUUUGUAUUUGUGAGUGUCUCUACUCUUUGCUUGAGUUUAUACAAAAUAAAAUGAAGCUAAGCCACGUUUAACAUUAUAAAAUUUGGUAUUGUUUUGAA